AUGGUUCUUAUCAACGAUCUCAAGCCUUUUAAAGAGGAAUGGCGAAUUCGACUCAAGCUUCUUCAUACAUGGAAAACAAAGACUGAUUAUGGGGGCGAAUCUCUUGAGUGCAUCUUCGCUGACGAAACGGGUCAAAAAAUUCAUGCCUCAUGCAAAAGAACUCUGAUGUAUCGUGUACAACGCGAUAUACAGCUAGGAGAACGGAGAGAGCUUGAAAACUUUAAGAUUUCAGCUACUGGAGGUCAAAAUAGACCAUCGAAAUUUCAAUACAAACUCACCGUCAUUGGAGAUACCAAGAUAAAACCUACUGAUUAUCGUGAUGAAAAUCAGUUCCUCUCUCUAGCAAGUUACGAGGAAAUUGUAACAGGAAAGCUCAAAACAUUUUUUCUGAUUGAUGUUAUGGGCCAAGUGGUAGAUCUUGGAGAAGUAGUUAUCUGUCAAUUGAAAACUGGUGAAAACAUGAAGAGAGUAAACUUUCGUUUGCGUGAUACUAGUGGGAAUGAACUGGUAUGUUGCUUAUGGGGACCAUACGCUGAGCAAAUUGAAUCGCAUGUGGAAGAAUCAAAAGAUGAACCUAUUGUAUUCUUGAUCUGCUUUGCCAAAAUCAGUAAUUUUAGAGGUGAAGUGCAAAUCACCAACGCUUUUGAUUCUUCAGUUUUGAUGCUUAACCCAAUCAUGGAGGAAGCUAUUGACUUUAGACAGAAGUUAUCAAAGCAAGUAGUUGAUGAUUGGAAUGAGGUUGACAUUAAGUGUAUUUCUGAGAUAUAUCUUGCUGUUGAGGCUGAGAGCUGCAAAAUCGUCUGUACAAUAGAAGCCAUAGACAUGGAUUGGGGUUGGUUCUAUUUUGAAUGUAACAGGCACAAUCGACGUACGACCAGAGUUGGUAGGAAGGGCGGUGGUAAGAUGGUUGAAUCUGAGAAGCCAGUAUUCUAUUGUGAUGUGUGUCGUGCAAACACAACUGAUGUCUCACCCAAGUAUAAGCUUCAUCUGUUUGUGAAAGAUGACACAGGGUCAUGCCAGUUAAUGUUACUUGACACUGUAGCUAAAACUAUUAUUGGUGAAAAAGCUGAGACACUUUGGGAUGGGUCAUAUGCUGAGAUCGAAGACCCAAAUAUUCUGCCUAUUCCAAUCAAAAACUGUGUUGGAAAAUCCUUUUGUUUUGGUAUUUCCAUCGCAAAUGAUAAUGUAGCCAACGGUUCUGAUACCUUUAAGGUCUCUGAGGUGCGUUUGACUGAUUAUAACAUAGAGAGUUCAUCAGAUGUUUCAACACCUUUCUCCAAGCGUAAGGAAGGAGAUGCUGAGCUUAGUUACAUGAAUUCUACAUCUAAGAAGCUUCGUGCUCAGAGCAUCAAGGUGGAGAAGAUUAAGGAAGAUUAG